AUGCAAGGUCGAUGGAAAACUAAGCGGUCAAAUAAUGAAUUCGUUCGGACACUUCAUAGUCUUCCAUGUUUACGAUCUCUCGUCUUAAAUGUCUCAACUGUUGUCUUACUUUUUGAUCAACAUUGGCCACAAAUUAUUGAUCUUAAUAUACGGAAUAAUUGUAUUGUAUCACCGAAAUCUUUAUCAUCAAUCGAAAUCGAUGGACUUUGCCGUUCGUUUACUCAUUUAAAACGAUUAGCAUUUGAUUGUGAAAAUGUACGAAAUUUGUCGAAGUUAUUCAAUAACAUGACAACGACAUUAUCGAAUAUACAGAUUCGUCAUUAUACCAAUCUACGUGAUAAUAAUCUUCGAUUGAUUACACGUCAAUGGCUCGAACAAAAUACAAAAUUGAGCAAUUUUGACUAUUUUAACGAUAAUGAUUGUUGUGUUUAUUUAUGGCUUUAA